AUGACCAAUAACGAGAACCAGCCUCUCCUUCAGGAUGGCGAUUUGGAAGAGCGCCAAUCUGGGUCAAGACAAAGCUAUCACGGCAUCGUUGUCGCAGUCUCCUAUGACAACUCAACGCGCAAGCAGACUAGGCGCUUCCUCUCCUCCAUAUACGGCCACUAUGCUGUGUUGCUACUUGUGUCCAUGGAUGUGGGCUGUAUCUUUGCCGAUUUCCUCAUCAGCCUAUACAUCUGUGACCAUUCUUGUGGCAAAGGUGAUAGCGUUGGGGAUGGCCUGCCUAGAGCACAGGAUGCGCUCGGGAUUGUCAGUCUUGUGUUCAGCUGCCUGUUCAUGGUUGAGUUGCUGGCGAGUAUUUGGGCCUUUGGCUUCAAUUUCUUCAAAUCCAAAUUCCACUGCUUUGAUGCUGCAAUCAUUGUCGCGGGCUUCAUCAUUGACGUUUGCCUAAAGGAUGUGCUUGAGGAGGCUGCGUCAAUCGUUGUCAUACUGAGACUAUGGCGCGUGUUCAAAAUCGUGGAGGAAUUCAGUGCUGGAGCCUCAGACCAAAUGGAAGUACUUGGUGAGAAGAUGGAAAAACUGGAGGCAGAAAAUCAAGGGUUGAAGCGUGAGUUGAGAGCUUUGAAAGAUGAUGAUAGUGGGCAAUGA